AUGCACAGCAAGGAGCAAAGAGAUCAUCUCCCACACUAUCCCUCUGGUGAACCACCUUGUCAAACUGCCCCUCUUGAUCUGAGUAUGAAGAGGUCGCCUCAGCAGGUUGACAUGGCGACCAUCCCCAACCUAAGUGUCCUCCCUACCAUCGUGCCUGUUCCGGCCAUUGCCGUCUGUCUGCAACCGCCCCAAGUCUACACCCCGAUGGCGGCGACGAAACCGCGGAAGAAGCGCGUCCUCUUCACCAAGACGCAGACCUCGGAGUUGGAGAAGCACUUCAAGAAGCGCCAAUACCUCACUGGGAUGGAGAGAGAGGUGCUGGCUAGGCGAGUCGGACUUACGCCCACUCAGGUGAAAAUUUGGUUUCAAAACCACCGCUACAAGAUGAAGCGGUACGGAAUGUUUAGGCCCCCUAAACCCGAAAUUGUUAAUUCAACCAGCGGGACAUGA